UUAUAAUGUUUGACUGUAACAAUUUACGUACACGUAUCAUGUGAUCUUUGAUAAUUUUAGAAAUAUUUUUAAAGUUCGUGAAAUUAUGACAAGUAAUAUAUAUAUAAGUAUUUACUUACUGUGACACUGAACUCUAGUAUAGGCUACGUUGUGUGGAAGGACUUUACUGUCAUAAGUAGGGCCCCUAAAUAGGAGUUCUGGAGAAAAUAGACUGUAGAAAUGGUGAACUCGGUGGCAGUGAUAGGUGGUGGGGCUAGUGGUCUCACCGCUGUGAAGUGUUGUCUAGACGAGGGACUGACUCCCACAUGCUUUGAAAGGUCAGAUCAUAUUGGUGGACUGUGGCAUUACACAGAAAAGGCAAAAGAAGGUCAUACAACAGUGAUGAAAAACACGAUAGCGAACGUAAGCAAGGAAGUUACGGCCUACAGUGAUUUUCCGCCGGCGCCGGAACUUCCAGUUUACAUGCACAAUAUGGAUUUAGACGAGUAUUUAAAUAUGUAUGCAGAUAACUUCGAUCUGGGGAAGCAUAUUCGACUCAACACAGAAGUUGUCCAUAUCUAUGAAACAGAAGACCACAAGGUCACGGGCCGUUGGAAUGUGAAGGUCAAGGAUGUUACUAGUGACAACACGAACUUGAUGACGUUUGACGCUGUCUUGAUCUGUACAGGGGUUUUCUCAAGACCAUUUAUGCCAACAUAUGCAGGGAUCGAGGAAUUUAAAGGACGCUUGAUUCACACUCAAGAUUACAAGAAUUCAAAGGGUUGUGAGGAUAAGCGCGUGGUUGUUGUUGGUAUUGGCAACUCGGCUGUGGACGCCGCUUGCGACAUUAGUGAUGUUUGUCGUCAGGUAGGUACCGUAAAAAACCUUCCAGUUAGGAACAUCGUCGAACAUAAGAAGCUCGAAACAACGUAACUUCAAAACUACGAU